AUGUGUGCGCUGUCAACGCAAGGUCAAGGAGGUUUCACGAGCGUCUUGUCAUUAUCUAUUCCUGAUCCACAGCGGACUCAUUUUGUGUGGGGAUUAAGCAAGGAUUUUGGACUGUCCGGGUUCCGUUGCGGAGUGGUCUAUUCCCAUGACAUUAGGAUAAUUACUCGACUGAAGCAGAUAGCUUUAUUUCAGGCUAUUCCUGCCCCUACACAGAAACUUAUUAACGGCAUAUUAUCUGAUUCAGAAUGGAUAGACAAAGUAUAUUUCCCAGCAUAUUACGAGAGAGCAAAAGACAUGUACAAGUUUGUGAUGGAAGUUUUGGACGAGUUGAAUAUCCCAACACCUUACAGCUGCCGAAAUGCGAUUUUCAUUUGGAUGGACUUGUCUCAGCCUCCUCCGAAAUAA